UUUCUUGCUUUACCCCCCCAUCCCCCACCCCCCCCGGAAAUGGAGUUGGGCUUGAGCUUAGGAGACGCAACAAAACCCUUUGGAUUCUUGAAAGAGAACAACACCCAGAAACAGCAGAACGCGGCCAUCAGCAAGAAGAGUGGGUUGGAUUUCUGCAUAGCCUUGGGGCUGAGUUCGUCAACUGUUGGAGAUGGAGACAGGGAAAAAACCCAGAGAUCGCAAGAAGAUGAUGACGAAGACGACGACGACGAUGAUGAUCAGAGUUCAGAAGGAGACGGCAGUGAUGAUACCCAGGGGGAGACUCAUCUUCAGCUGAAUCUUCGCCCUCUUGCUCCUGUUCACCGCCGUGUUUCCCCCCGUCUUCUGUCCCUGCCUUGGUCUUCCGACAAUGGGAGUUCGGAAAAUGGGUCGUCUGGGAACAUGGGCCUGCCGGCGGCGAAGGGGUUUGACGUGAACAGGCUGCCGGCGGCGGCGGAGGAAGUGUCUUCGGCGAACAGCGUAGGGUCUCCCUUUCAGAGGGAUUUCGGGAUGUACAGAAGACCUGGAAAUGGAAAUUUGGGUGGUAGUAAGAGGGACUUUGAAGCCACAGGAAACGACGUCGUGGAGGCCGAAAGAGCGUCCUCUAGAGCCAGCGAUGACGAUGAAAAUGGCCUCAACACCAGAAAAAAGCUCAGAUUAACCAAAGAACAGUCUGCUUUUCUUGAAGAAAGCUUCAAAGAACACAACACUCCCAAUCCCAAACAAAAACUGGCUCUUGCAAAACAGCUUAAUCUCAGACCUCGUCAGGUCGAAGUCUGGUUCCAGAACAGAAGGGCAAGGACGAAGCUGAAGCAGACGGAGGUGGACUGUGAGUACUUGAAGCGGUGUUGCGAGACGCUGACGGAGGAGAACCGGCGCCUCCACAAGGAGUUGCAAGAACUGAGGGCUCUCAAGACUUCCAACCCGUUCUACAUGCAGUCGCCGGCCACCACCCUCACCAUGUGCCCCUCUUGCGAACGCGUCGCCACCACCACCACCACCACCACCGCACCUCCGCCUGUCUCCGCCGCGAGCGGCAAGAUGGCUCCCAUCCCGAAAGCCAUUCCAUUCCCUCUAACCAGACCAAGAUUCUUCCCUUUCCCUCAGACCCCAACACAUCCCAAUCAGCCUGCGGCCUCGUAAAUCAGUGUGGUGAUGGACAGAUUAGAAUUUUCAGUAUGUUGUGGUCCUGCAGAUUUUGUGUAAAUAUAGGAAAAUCAUUUCUUUCUUUUUUGGAUCUUUUGUGUUUGGUGUUGGAAUGUGGGAGGAAUUCUUCAGCUUGAUGAUGAGCAUUUCCUUCUUUUUUUCUGGGCUCAUCCCAUGUUAAA